AUGACUCUCCUUGUUCCUGCUGCCUGUCCUGUUCCUGCUGCCUGUCCUGUUCCUGCUGCCUGUCCUGUUCCUGCUGCCUGUCCUGUUCCUUCUGCCUGUCCUGUUCCUUCUGCCUGUCCUGUUCCUUCUGCCUGUCCUGUUCCUUCUGCCUGUCCUGUUCCUUCUGCCUGUCCUGUUCCUUCUGCCUGUCCCGUUCCUUCUGCCUGUCCUGUUCCUUCUGUCGCUCACCCCACAACCGCCCCAUUCAUCCCUGGAGGGGUGACAUGCGGCAGGGCUGGCAGCAGCUGUGAGAUUCAGCAGAACGCCUCCUCCUUCUUCUGCCAGGCUCUCUGCUUCAAGUUCUGUACCUCCUGCAUCCCUCUCAACGGUGAAGAAGUGAAUGCAUCCCGUGUCUUCGGUCGCGCCCGCUGUCCAAAGUUCCCCGUGUCUCUCGUGGCACAAGCAACGGGUGGGUGGAGUGAGGCUAGCAGGGUGGAGAAGCAGGGGUGGAGCAGCAUUAGCGGCAGCACCACUAGCAGCAUUAUUGGCAGCAGCAGCAGUGAGGGGCAGAGGUACAAGGCAGUGAGUCCUCUCGAUGCCCGCCAGGUGUGGUUCGUAGUGAGGCGCGGCAACGACGAGCUUUCCACAGACUUCCAGAAAGAGGUGGCCACGCUUUGGUCCAUCCGCCAUACCAACCUGCAGCCACUGCUGGGGUAUUGUUGGGAGAAGCGUGGCAGUGAUUCGCCUGCUGCUGAUGCUGCUGCUGUUGGUAGUGCUGAGAGGGCUGGUGCUGAUGCUGCUACCAGUCAUCCGGUGGAGCAAGCAGAGGAGGAGCAGGUGCUAGUGUUUGAGUGGGUGCCAGGAGGCAACCUGCACAGCCGCCUCGUUGCAGAGGGUUGCUCGCCUCUGUCCGCAUGGCAGUGCCUGGAUGUGACCGCGGGUGUGCUGCGAGGGCUGAAGCACAUCCAGAGCCAUGGGGUCGUGCAUGGCCGCAUACACCCUCGCAACAUCCUGCUUGACACCGCCCUGCAGGCACAGCACAUGGUAUCGCGCAACAUCACAGCCAACCUGCGCGCGGCCCACCUGCCCUCAGCACCCGACGCCAUCGUGCUGCCCAUGGUGCGCCUCGCCCUCUCCUGCACCGCUUCCGACCCCCUCUCCCGCCCCACUGUCACCGACCUGCUCCGCUCCAUCAAGGCUCUCAAGCGCUCCCUCUCCGCCCACCCACGCCCUGCCCUGCCGGCCAACGUAGGCACCAGCAGGGGUGGUGACAUGCACAGUGCAGCAGGUGGUGGGGAUGCUGCAGAGCAGCAGGGUGGGGAGCAUGGGGAUGUGUUUUUGGAGGGUUUCAGUCAGAAUGCGUUAGAUGCAAAGCUUGACUGGCUUUUAGAGGAAGAAGAUAGUGGCAGGUUUGUGGCUGAUCUGUAG